UUCUAAACAGACUCUCUCGUAGUGAGCAGCACCCACCACGCACUCCAAUAUUUACAAACAACGACCGAGUGCAUAAGACACGACGCAGAUAUUAUUAUUAUUAGCAGUAACCGGCACCUCGGACGCGUGAGCCCAUCUCCCUUGGAUCUCUUAUUCUCUACUUCCGAGAAAGGGAGACAAUUUUAGUACGAAAUAUAUUCACAAGUACUUUUGCAUCAGUGUCUUAUUCUGUCUUUGUGCAGUGAUACAUAUUUCUUGGAGUGAUUUUUUGAGACAAGAAAACGAUCAGAAUUAGUGCAUGUUAUAAAUAUAUAUUUAUGUCUCGUGUAUUGGAUAUUACAUAAAUUUUGGAUAAUAUACAAUAAAAAUAAAAGAAGAAGAUGAAGCAGGCUGGUGGUGUGGUGACAGAUCAAAGUAAUGCAAGCAGAGGUUAAUCCUGCUAUUAAUUACUUUGGCUGAUAAGAGAAAUAACAAGUAGGAUUUUGGUUAUCUCACUUUACUCCACCAAAGUGUCAUUCGUGGUAUGUGUGUACAUAUUGUGUGUGCAUGCGUCCGUCCGUCCAUCCGAGUCUCACUCACUCACCUUUGAUUCCAUUGAUUCGAUUUUGGUCAUGCUGUAUCCUUCCCAUGGCAUCACAUAACAGACAUCAGAAAAUUAAUAACUUGCCACAAUAAUAAUUAUAAAUUAUCUCUCUCCAACAUGCAUUGGAUUAUCACCGGGGAGGAGAAGAGCGGAGAGGAGAGAGCAUAAUACUUGUUCGUCUGCUCCUGAUAGUUGAUAUUAAUUUAUUAAAAUCAACGCUAAACUAAACUUGUUAAUUAUCACUUAGCCAACGUGACCCCAAUCAACCACCUCUAUCUCCCCGACAUACGAUACGUACUUCAUCCAUGACUGUGUAAUAUGCGAAUGACUGAAUGGAUAUUUUUACAUAAAGCAGUAAUUAAUUUUGCAAAUUACACUCUCCGAGAUAAUGCUUAUGUAAAAUCCUCAUUUAGUGAUUAGGUGAUAUCAGUUUUGUUAUUUGCCACAAGAAGUGAUCAAAUUUCACUGGUUACCUAGCGUUGCUUCAAUCGACCCACGAUUUGUUCACGCUAUUACAUGCAAUUGAACUUUACCAGGAUCUUGCGUCCCCUGAAAAUAGAUUUGCGCCUACUCCAGUAGUCUUUUCAAAGUGUGUGAAAGUGCUCUGUGUGAAGUGUCAGUUUGUUUUACUUUUAGCUCUUAUGUAGUAACGUCUCAUCGUAAAGAAACUGAGACCUUAAUAAGUAAGAAUACUAAGAUGGAUAAGUAAAAGUGAUCUGCUACAACGGACCGAGGAGGAGAUGAUGGCAACUACCCUGCUGCUGGAAUCGCGUCACUCAGGCUAGGUCACUCUGGUCAUGGAAGCAUUUGUUGCAAAAGCACAGGGCGAUGAAUCUCAGCUAUCCUCAGCAACCUCUUUAGAGUCAAAUUCGUUUAGUAGUUCGUGUCGCUCAUUGGGGAACACUAACAACGCCAAAGGUAAAGCCACCUUCUCCCUCUUGCCACACCAUCAUGCGUCAGAUUUGUCGAGGAGGGAGUUGGACAAUGGAAUCCACUACUGGAAGUAUCUAACAGGAGAUUCGGCUACAAAUAUAAUGGUUCCACAAGAGCCGAGCAUGGCUGACGGAGUACGAAAAACUCCCUCACCUUCUGGCACCUCUGCCGUGGUGGCUGAUGACUCACCGGCCUCUGCGACACGGUCCAACUUGACUGAGACUUGCAGUAAAGAGUUACCUGGUGGUGGUACUGGUGGGGUUCUGGAAACUGGUCCCACUGAUGAAACUAGUAAUAAUAACAGUACACAAAAGUCUCCUUGUGAAGAGUCCCCCCGACAAACCCCCACGACCACCACGAGUAGUACCACCAAUAUGAAUAACAACAACAAGCGGAUACCCGUCGACACGCAGUCUGGUGGAGGAUCCGACGUGGAGAGAUUUGAUGGGAAAAUAGUCUACAAUCCUGAUGGGUCUGCAUACAUAAUCGAGGACAGUGAAUUAAGCGAAGACGAUGGAAGUUUGAUGGAUGUCCCCCAUUUAGAAGGUUGCAUUGUUGAUGGGCGUGGGAUGAGUUUGUCGCAGAUCCCAGCCAUUCCCCAAAUCGCAAAUGCAUUCUAUGUAUCGCGCAACCCCGCAUUGUACAACGCUCUGUAUGGGCAAGCGUACUCAAGUCUACUACAGGACAAGAAGAUAGUUCCUGAAAUACCAAUUAUGCACAGCUACAGGGUUUACACAAUUCGUGAUAAAAGUGGUGAUACAAGCGUAUUGGACGAGGAUGACGAGGAUGACCAUGAUAUUGAUGGCACCACCAGCAGUAGUAGAAAGAAAAGGGCCAGCAUCGUUAGCAGUGAGGGUGGUUUGAGGAUAAACGGGACUAGUGAUAAGGACAACAACAAGACUUGCUCCUCUUCGGAGUGUUCCUCUGUUCCUGUAAAACCCAUUCUCAUGUGCUUUAUUUGUAAACUGUCCUUUGGUUACACCAAGUCAUUUAUCGCUCAUGCCAUGGGAGAUCACAAUUUGAUACUCAUCGAUCAAGAAAAAGAUGUUCUCAAUCAGAGGAAUGUGUCAGCAAUCAUCCAGCCCGUCGGGAAAAACAAGGACCCGACAAUAUCAUUUCUUGAGCCAACGACAACCAACCGAGGGGCACCAGCAGCAUCAGCAGCAGGUGUCAACAAUAUCAUUCAGUCAGUUCCUAUUCAAAGCCGUGCACUUCACCCGUCGUCGCAGCAGCAAAGUUCAUGCUCAGCGACGACAACUUCUCAGUCACUCUUGUUCCGAUCCAAUUCCACGAACCACUCUGAUGACAACAUUAAGUCCUCCCCCAUCAACUCUCCUGAUCACCUACUUUCUUCACCUCCAACCCCCCGGAUGAGCAAUUCCGGUGGGGGCGGGGGUGGGAUGGAUCUCACCAGGAAGAGUCCUGCCAGUGGUAGAAGUAGUGCUAGUCCUGCGCCCAGUUCCACGCCAAACUCUGCUUCCAUUCUCAACAACAACCUGAGCCCUUCCGGCUCUCAAAUGUCAAUGGGCAAUGCUGUUGGUGGCCCCCCAAACUUCAUUACCGGCACCACCAUCGGCGUCUGUCCGGAGCAUUUGAAUGGGAGACCAAGUGGCGCAGACUGCUCUAAAUGCGAAAUGAUUCUCAACUCUUCCAGAAUGGGAGCAUUAGGAAAUCUGCAUACAAGGAAUUCCUGUAAAACGUUGAAAUGCCCAAAGUGUAAUUGGCACUAUAAAUAUGAGGAAACACUAUCCAUACAUCUUAAGGAAAAACAUCCAGAAACUGAGACCUCUUGCAUUUAUUGUGUUGCUGGUCAGGCUCAUCCAAGACUUGCAAGAGGAGAAACAUAUACUUGUGGUUAUAAGCCGUACAGGUGUGAAGUUUGCAAUUAUUCAACAACUACCAAAGGCAACCUGAGUAUCCACAUGCAAUCAGAUAAACAUCUCAAUAACAUGCAAGAACUACAAAACGGGGGUGUUCCGCCACCAGAGUCAUUAGUUCAGCAGACGACUGUGCCCUCACAUCCUCAUCAUCCUCAUUCUCACAAAAAUAUGUCAGGGAUGAGCCCUUCUGCAGCGUCAAAUAAUUCAGCCCCACCAUCGUCUACAAAUCCGAAACCGAAACCCACAUUCCGUUGUGACGUAUGCAACUAUGAAACAAAUGUAGCUCGAAACCUCCGAAUUCAUAUGACAUCAGAGAAGCACACUCAUAACAUGAUGGUAUUGCAACAAAACGUGAAGCAUAUGCAGCAUCUGAGUGCCCUUCAGCAGGCGCAGAACCCCUUUGACCCUGCGAGCUUGCUUCAGUUUCACCCACAGCUACAAAUGGGUGGAUCCGGCGGAGAUAAGUCAACACCUCAUGCGGAAGCUGCUCUAGCAGACAUGGCUUACAAUCAAGCCUUACUUAUCCAAAUGAUGACGGGUGGUCAGAUGCCUCCUCACAUUCCACCCGAACUUGCCCCCCACAUGGAUCUCGGGCUUAACCCAGACACCAUGGAACCACCCCCUGAUCCCCCAGAUCCGAAUCCGUUACACAUUUUCCAGUGCUGUGUUUGCUCCGUGUAUUCCACCGACAGUUUAGAAUCCCUUUCUCACCAUCUCUCUCAGGACAGGACAAAGUUUGGAGAACAAGAAGUCUUAGUCUUAGUGGCAGGGAAUUAUCGCUGUCGGCUAUGCAACUACCAGUCAAAUCUCAAAGCCAACUUUCAACUACAUUGCAAGACAGAUAAGCAUAUUCAACGACUUCAACACGUGAACCACGUCAAGGAAGGGGGAGUUCGAAACGAAUGGAAGCUAAAAUACUUGAGCAUGUCGAAUCCAGUACAGCUUCGAUGCAAUACGUGCGACUUUUAUUCAAACUCGUUUAAUAAAGUCAGCGUCCACUCGACUCACCAGCGUCAUGAAAUAUCAGUCUUGAUUUUCCGUCAUAUUCAGUCCGUGGAAGUGAGUAUCAAUGACGAUGCUAGAAUUUACGCUUGUGCUCUCUGUGGAUUCACAACUCGAGUCAAGCUACAACUUCUGCAACACACAAGGUCGUUGAAGCAUUUGCAGCUUGAACAAUUGCACUGUUUGCAAAGGAGAGCUGAAGGGAAGGAUGGCCAGCCAGAUUUGGCUCAAGUCUUCCGUGUCUUGGAGGCACCAGAUUCCGACUCUUCUGGUCACAAUAAUCAUUCCUCUGGCUCGGCUGACGUAUCACCAAAUUAUUAUGACGAUCAAGACAUGAAAGAGUCACAGCGCGAAGACAACAACAGCGUGUUAAAGAAUGCGUUGGAAAAGGAUUCCUCGGACGUGAAUGAUCUCAUUUGCCCCUUUUGCACCUUCACAUCCGAAUCCGAAAACCGACUGCAAGCUCACAUUUUGACCCAACACUCCAACUCUGAACUCUCGUCAUCUGGAGGUGGUAGCACUUCGCGAGAACGUGAAAGACUGCGCGACCACUCGUCAUCAGCAUCUGCCCUUCGUCGCAACUCAAUCUCGCCGGACGUCAAGUCCGAGGUAAAUUCUGAUGUCAUGAGUUGUCCCUUGUGCCAGGAUAUGUGUCCAGAUCGAACCUCUCUGGAAGCCCACGUGAUGAAAGUGCACAGUGUUAAUGUGGAAGGACUGCAACGACUCCUUCUUUUGGUCAACCAGUCUCAUUGGCUGAACAAUACCUCUCAUUCCUCUGCAAAUAAUAAUGUGAGCUCAAACUCAGACAUGAGAAGUGAUUCUAACGAUGAUGAUAAAGACAAGUCGGAUGGUGAAAGUGCAAUGGAUGAUGCUGCUGAUGGGGACGAAUUUCGGUGUCAUACGUGCUCUAAAUGCUUCCGUACUUUGGAUGAGUUGUGCUGCCAUCAAAAUGAGUUGGGGCACUUGGAAAUCAAACAAACUCCGGGCGGACCAGGCUACCUUUGCUGGAAAAAGACUUGCAAUCAAUACUUUCCAAACGUAAAGUCUCUUCAGAUGCACUUCCGGGAGAUUCAUACUCGAGGGAAACCAGCCAUGAUGGCCGUUUCAGAAAAACACGUGUACAAAUAUCGCUGUCACGAGUGCUCCCUGGCUUUCAAGACCAGUGAGAAACUCCAACUGCACUCUCAGUACCAUGCAAUAAGGGACGCUACCAAAUGCCCUCUGUGCGGCAGGUCCUUCAAAGGGAGUAGUAAAGAGCCAGGAUCAACCUUUCAGCGGUCACUGACCGCCCUGCAGAAACAUGUCGAGACUUCUCACACUGAACUCUCCGAGGAGGAACUUCACCUGUUCAAGCAAAAUCUUGCAAAUAACCCCUUGCUUCUCGCAGGAUUAAGUGGACAAAUUCUGGACCCAUUGACCACCGAGUUGCUGAAGAAAGAAAGCGCUCGGGAAGAAGAUAUUGACGAUGACAAUCGAGAUGACGAUAGGGAUGACGGUGGAAUGGAUGAUGACGAUCGGGACGGAGACUCUAAUGACUCCAUUGGCACCAAGGAACAACAAUUGUUUGAGGAAUAUUUAAAUACGCAAGCCAUGGCGGAGGACAGUUACAAUGAUCCGAACAGGAAGUAUAAAUGCCACAGGUGCAAAGUGGCUUUCACGAGGCAGUCCUACCUCACUAGUCACAACAAGACUUUGCUCCAUCGAAAGGGAGAGAAACAUUCGGCAGGAAUUAAUGAUGCCAAGUUCCUCGAUCCAAACAGACCAUUUAAAUGCAUGUGUUGUAAGGAGAGCUUUACUCAGAAAAACAUCCUCCUUGUGCACUACAACUCGGUUUCCCACCUCCACAAGUUGAAACGAUUAAUGCAAGAACAACAAUUGGAUCAAAUUCCUUCCUCGAUGACGGCAAACUUACCCCCGUCAGCCACCAACUUAUUAACGAGCACACCAAAAUCAAGUGCAUCCAGUUGUACACCUCCCGCGUUGAAUGUGAGCUCCAGCCCAUCAAUCAACAACUCGGACGAUGAUGAUAAAAAACCCUACAAAUGUCAUAUAUGCAAAGUGACCUACAGUCAAGGGUCAACAUUGGAUAUUCACAUGCGAUCUGUGCUCCAUCAGACGAGAGCUUCCAAGCUCCAAGAGUUAGCCAUGACUGGACAAAUUGAUCUCACUAAACCUCUCAUUGAGCAACCAGAACCACAAAAGCUGCUCGAUCAGCAUAAAAAAGUCAUGCAGGAUCUGCUUAGCCCCAAAGGACCGGGGGAUGGGGGAGUGACACUACCUGUUUCAUUUUCCACCCCAAUACGAUCUUCCAGCCCUGCUAGUAGCAAUCGAAGCCAAACGCCAAACAACACGAGCCCACCCAACACCUCUGUCUCCCCAAUAAUUGCAUCGUCCUCAUCGCCACAAGCAUUUUCAUGUUCUCGUUGCAACUUUGCGUGCGGCUCUUCUGAGCAAUUGUUUCAACAUCAACAUCUCUAUUGCAUGUUUCAAACCUCAUUGUCGUCACUAUUUCCAUCACUUCCGUCACCAAACUCUUCAUCCACACCAAACACGUCGUCUGCUCUAGAGUCUCACUCUGCCCCAAACUCAUCAAACGCAAACAAUGGGAUGGAGCCCCCUUCUCCCUCGUCUUCACCAACCCCACAAAUAAAUUGUGAUGAAACCACCUUCCAAAGGUUUAGCAUGCCAGGCAAAAAGUCCUCCCAAAUGUUUAAGCACUUGCUGGAGAGCUACGGGUUUGAGGUUGUAAUGCAGUUCAAUGAGUAUCACCAAAAAAGAAUGAGACGUGAGAAUGAUGAGGAAGAGCCAGAAUUAGAGGAGCAAAUCGCCAUCCAGUUUCCCGAACUGGCAAAAGCAACUUGUCCCUACUGCAAGAAAACAUUUUCGAGUGUGUGGAUACUGAAAUCACAUUGCGAGGAAAUCCACAAGAAUAAAAUCUCAAUGGAUAUACUUGAAAAUUUUGCUGAUGCUUUCCGAGGCGAUUACCUCAAGAGAUUGGAAGAUGCAGAAUUGGCUGGAGAGAGAGAUUCACCAGAACCUCAAUCAAAGGAACAUGGCAUUGUUGCCAUUGCUGCUGCUGCUGCUGCUAAUACAAUUACCAAUUCCGGAGGUAGUGGUGGAAGCAAAAAUCCAAUAAAUGCAACUUGUUUGGAGCAACAGCCUGGUGGUACGGCACCAAGUACUCCCACUUCUUCAACAACGCCGGCAUCCAGUAGUGCUGACUCUGUGAGCGGAAAUAACUCAACACCGGUUCCUGCACACUCGUCCUCCAACAAUAACAAUAAUAAUAACAACAACAAUGUUUCAAUGUCACUUGCGCAACACAUGAAUGAUGUCCAAGCAGCACUGAGUGCUAUGGCUGCAUCUCAACUGCAGCAUUUUAAUCCCAUGCUGAACCCGAUGAUGAUGGCGAGUUUGGGGAUGGCUUUACCACUGGGGCUCAAUAUGAAUGCACUGGCAGCAAUGAACCUGCAACCACCUCUGGUUCCUAUGAUGAUGCCCCCUCAAUUUGAUCCUAUGAACAUGAGUCAAAUGAAUCAAAACCAGAACUAUUCAUCCAGAGCAGAUUCAAACGCUAUGGCUAAACAGCAACAACAAAUUCUGCAACAACAGCAACAGCAACAGCAGCAGCAACAACAACAAGCCUCUGCUGCCUCUAACCAAAAAAGAGCUAGAACACGCAUUACCGAUGAGCAACUUAAGAUCUUAAGGGCUCACUUUGACAUUAAUAACUCUCCAUCAGAAGAACAAAUACAACAAAUGGCGCACCAAUCUGGGCUGCCACCAAAAGUAAUUAAGCAUUGGUUCAGGAAUACCCUAUUCAAGGAGAGGCAGCGAAAUAAGGACUCUCCGUACAACUUCUCGAACCCCCCUUCCACCACCCUCAACCUAGAGGAGUACGAGAAGACGGGUGAGGCGAAAGUAUCGCUGCUGCCCUUGGAAGAGCAGAGACAAUACGUGGACAAUCCACCUUCACAAUCGCAUAAAAAGGAGUCUCACAAAAAGUCGUCUCAACAGAGCAGCCAACAACACCAAUCGUCUCAUCUUCUUCACCAACCACAACAACUUCCCCCGAUGCAAUUAGAGCCCAUGGACAUGAAAUUUUUAAAUCAUCAUCAUAGUCAACAGCAGCAGCAACAUCAUCACCACCAUCAUCAUCAUGACAGUCAGUCCGAACUAUCCGAAACGGAGUCUCGACAUGAGGACGAAAAGCCCAUGAAAAUGUCUCGUAAAGGAGGUCGAAGCGGGUCACCUUUUGGCGGACUCUCCUCUGCAGCGGCUAAUAAUAACAAUGCCUCCUCAUCUGCACAUAAGAACUCAUCGUCAGUUCCUCAAGAACCAAGUACUAGUUCCUCGCCUAGCCUUACUUUGACAUCUCUCAUUACCUCGCAACUCAAUCCCAAUCAGGAGGACUCUAAUUCCUCCAGAACUUCGCAAAAUAUGCUCCCUCCUCCAAAAAUGAACAAUUUUGCAACGCCAAGUCAAGUUCCUAAUUCAAGCCUUUUAUCGUUAGCAUCCCCAGUAAGUCUUAAUAGUCCGGGCAGUGGACGGUCUGACACACCACUGACGACUCCGCCCCUGCCAAAUAGUGCAAACCAUAGUUCCUCAUCAUCCGGGAAAAGGGCCAACCGCACACGUUUUACGGAUUUUCAGAUCAAAGUACUGCAAGAGUUCUUUGAAAAUAAUGCAUACCCAAAGGACGAUGACCUGGAGUAUUUGUCAAAGAUGCUGUCACUCAGCCCUCGUGUCAUCGUAGUUUGGUUUCAGAACGCUCGACAAAAAGCGCGCAAGGUGUAUGAAAAUCAGCCACCGGUAGAUUCUUCUGGGGAUGAGAGUGCUGGUCGAUUCCAACGGACGCCAGGUUUAAAUUACCAGUGCAAGAAAUGUUUGCUUGUUUUCCAACGCUACUACGAGCUAAUUCGCCAUCAAAAGACUCACUGCUUUAAAGAGGAGGAUGCAAAAAGGUCAGCCCAAGCACAAGCUGCUGCUGCUUCUGUAGCCGCCGCCAUGUCCUCUGAUGAUUCCAACUGUAGUGCAGUGACAGACAACAAUAGCUUAGCUUCAAGCUGCGGACCAAGUCCAGUUGGUUUGGGCAAUACUCAGUCUGGAAGGGAAAGUGCAAAUGUGAGCCAAUCGAGUGCAAAUGCAUCAAUUUUUGCAAACGAGUUAAAAAAGUUGGAAGUUCAAAGCGAUUCUUCAUUCCAAUGUGACAAAUGCAACCUGGUAUUCCCACGAUUUGACUUAUGGCGAGAACAUCAACUUGUUCACAUCAUGAAUCCCAAUCUCUUUCCAUCUUUCUCACCUGAGAGCCCAUUUGGCAUUUUGCAACAACAUGCUCACUCCCAACAGCAGCAACAACUCCAGGCACACGGGGGUCAAAGCCAAUCUCAACAGCAACAGCAGCAGCAGCAACAACAGAGAGAACGAGAAAUCAGAGAGCUAAAAGAUUCGUUCACAGAGUCAAAUUCUGCCACAAGUAGCGUUGCAGGAGACGCAACAGGAAAACGUAAAUGGUCCGCUGACGAAAUUAUGACUGACGACGAUAAAGAUGAGCAGCCCAGGGACAAACGUCUGCGUACAACUAUACUACCAGAACAAUUGGACUACUUGUAUCAAAAGUACCAGAUUGAGAGCAAUCCAAGCCGAAAGAUGUUGGAAACAAUUGCACGAGAAGUCGGACUCAAAAAAAGAGUCGUCCAAGUAUGGUUCCAGAAUACGAGAGCUCGAGAGCGUAAAGGUCAGUUCCGGGCACACGCACAAGUUAUAAACAAGCGCUGUCCAUUCUGUCCAGCUUUAUUCAAAGUAAAAUCAGCACUGGAGACGCAUCUUGCAGCAAAACAUGCUGAACAGUAUACCAAAGGUGAAAUCAAUAUUGAUAAUCUUCCCGACGAGGAAGAAAACUCAGCCUCAUCGCCCUUGGGUGAAACGAAAUCAACAGUUCCUAUUAAUUUUGGUGCAAAUUCUACAAAUUCACUUGGUGCUGCUCCUACUUCUCCUUCCUCAAACAUUAUGUCCCCGUUUCUGCAUUCUCUCUCCACUCACGCCGAACUAGAAAUUUCCCUCAAAAAGUUGUAUGAAGAAAGUCUCAAGCGAGCUGCAUCCCAAAACGGAGGCUCUGCCAACGAUGUUCGCUUCAUUAAGAAUGAGCUCCCAUCCCCCAGUGGCGGUGUCCCCGGAGCAGAAAACCCCACAGGAGGCGACUGUCCUCUUGACCUGUCCAAACCUGUGGACCUCACCCGCGCUCUGGGGAAAGUUGAACCCUUGGAUACCAGCUUCAUGGACACUCAAGACUAUUUGUCAGACGACGGAGUCGAUGCUGAGUUGCAAUUAGAUGUAUCUCGUCCCAGUUGUAGCAAUCCUAACUCACCCGCUUCUAGCAAUGCUAGCCAAAGACCAGCAGCAUCUGGACCGAAAACCAACAAUAAUGGAGGGAAUAAGCGGUUUAGAACUCAACUCCAACCAAAUCAGGUGAAAGUGAUGAAGAGUCUCUUUGCUGACUUUAAGACGCCAACUAUGGCGCAGUGUGAAAUGUUAGGUUCUGAACUAGGUUUAUGUAAUAAGAGAGUCGUUCAAGUUUUUUUCCAAAAUCAACGAGCUAAGGAAAAGAAAGGCAAAAUACCUUUUCAAAAGACAUCAACCCCCGAGUCCCCCCAUCACUGCAAUUUAUGUGGCUACACCUACGCCACCAACCUGUCAGUGCAAGAUCACAUUUUCACCAAGGCGCAUAUUGAUGCAAUCAAAGCUGCCAUUACAAAUGGGACAUUCCCCGAAAGACAUCUGACUGCAGCAGCGCCAUCAUCAUCGUUAUCAUCGCGUCCCAAUGGGGAGAUUCGGAAAGCCAAGGACUUAUUCAGCAUCUCCUCCUCAAACCAACAACCUGCGGAUUCAACCUCCGAUGGCUUAUCUAUCCUGGACGAGGUGGGAAAUUCUCUAAAUCAUUGCAACGGAAUUUCAGAACUGUCCAACUUAAUUGGCAGGAGACCAGAAUGCGAGUCCGAAAGCAUAAUCCAACAAAGACCAAAAUAUGCUGAGCAGGAUGAGCAGGAAGCAAUGCGAUCAAGUUUUAGUAAGGGUCCACAUUCGUCUUCAUAUCAGGACGGAAUUCACCCACCUCUUUCGCAGGAAUUCUUGAAGGGUCUAAAUUUGCAGUCAAAACCAUGCACUACUAGCAAUUCCGUGCCCAACCCCUCAAGUCCUGCGCAACUUAACCCGGAUAUGGAGUACUUUGUACAGAAAAUAGCUGCUUUGGCCAGAGCUUCGUCCUCCGCAGGUGAUGAUACAGAUUCCAAUGCAAACUGCGUCAAUGAUAACCGAGAUACUGAAUAAGUCCAUUUUGCUCUUGCAAGUAGCAAAAUAUUUGCGUGUGUUGUGUAUGUGUAUUGUACAAUUAAGUGUAAGGUCAAUACUUAGCCCAUACAUAUAAUAACUUGGAUGAAUAUAAUGAACAGUAGGCAAUAAUUAAUAUGGAAGACGAGCUUUCUUUCUCUAUUUAGGGUAGAAAUGUGAGACGAAUACAAGGCUAUACUAAAUAUUUACAUGGAAUUUAGAUACUAAAAGUGUAAAAUCCCCGAUUCCCCACCCUUGAGCAUUUGAGCAGCAAUCUUCGAUGAGCAGAUAUCCCAACAACACUUUGAAAGAUAUUAAAUAUUUUCAUUUAAUAAGAGCAGAUACCAAACGUUUGUAAAUAUAUUUAGUUGGUGGCGAAAGCAACAGCUUCACAAGUACUUAAACACUAGAAUAUUAUUCUUGUCGUAUUUAUUACAUAUGUAGAAACUAAAACAAUACUUUGACGGUGAAAUUUCCUAAACAAUUGACACGAGUGGUUCCUACUUUUAGUGACAGUGCAGUGUAUGAGCUGCAAAAAAUCAAUUCAUGAGUCCUAUUAACUCGAUAGUUAUAUUCAUACCUACUUGAAAACAACGCGGUGACAUGUAAGAGCAACAAACUAGCGAAUUUUUCAACAAAAAGUAUAACCGAGCAGUAUACAUAAUUAUUAAAUAUAAUUCACAAAACUACAAAUCAACAAAGUUCCAUAAACUUGAACGUAAUGUUUCCUAUUUGAUCAAUGAUCAAUCCUAUUAGUUAAGGUCCACAUUCCUUAUUACUACUUUGUGGUGGUCACCCAUCGUACGACUAUUGGUGACAACUAAGCUAACUCGGUGUAUGUAUAUAUGAAAUUAUGAACAGUGAAUGAAAAGUGUAGGUAUAAUUUUGUCUGUAUUAUUACGAUUACUAGAGAACAAUGCAAGGAAACUGAAUUAUUACGAAAUAGAGUUUGUGUAUAUAGGAAAUAUGUGACAAGUGAAAUUUACAGUUAAGAUAAUCGUAUCAUACUUACAUGUAAAAAAUAUCUAAAUUUCCAUCAAUCACAGCAGCAGGAGCAUUUCAUAAUGAAAGCUAUAAAUAUCUUAAAAUUUAAAUGUACCAAAAAAUCCGCAUCACUCACUAAAUAGUGAAUGCGAUCAAACCAUAUUCUGAGACACAAAACAAACCAAAUACUGAAUUUCCAACGAGCAAUGCAGAGACUCGUCCCACUAAUUCCCACCCCACCCACACAUCCCUUAACAAAUGAAGAGGAGAGAAAGAGUAUGUAGGAGCAGGCCAGGUGACUACGUAGGAAUAUAUACGAUAAGUUACGGAUAUAACAAAAAACAAAUAGACAAAACGAAAAUUUUUGCUAGUUUUAUUCGAUAGAUUUUAGGCUUAAACGGAGCAAACUUUGCAUAAUUUAUUCAGUAAUAACUAAUCCUAUGAUAAGAUUUAUUAAGAUAAGGCUCCCAUUCAGGGAACAUUUUACACGAAAUACAACCAAUCUGAAAAGAAAGUCAUCACUUUCAGGUAAAUUUUGGUCCAAGGGGAAGGAGGAGUAAGAAGGAAAUAUGCAUAAGUGCAAUGCGAAUUAAAUAAUGUGCACCACAAACUGAUCACUUUUUGCAUGCAUCACUUGUUGUGUGCAUGAUUAUUCCAAAGACGUCGAAAAAUGAGGCAACCUGAAAGCAGUAGUAGCAGACAUUCCUCGAGUUGGCUCUCCUCCUUCUCCAAAGGCCAAAUAAACUUAAGCCGAGUCUUGCAGCUGGGACAAGGAUUAGGCUUACACAAUCAAUCAGCAUCUGACAAAAAAUGUAUUCUCUUUACUGGAAACUCACAGAAUUAUGAUCAAACCAAAAUCCGGGCAAACAAAAAGCGAGAGCUAACGAACCUGAACCAAAGACAUAAAAGUAUGUAAGAAGGAAGGAGAGAAGGGCUGACUCCAAUCUAACGCAGGUUCCCCUUUCUUCCCGAUUUGAAGAUGAAAGGGAAUAAAAAUUGCUACUUGUAUAUAUUGUCAAUGUCAUUAGAGGAGCAACCUCUUUAAACCGACAGACCAAGGGAGAGAGAAUUUGUGUAAAGGUGCAGCAGAACACUCUUGAGGAACCAAAAUCAUUAACAGCUCCGAAACUACGUACGUACGUACGUGCAUAUAUUCACCAUUCACAUGAGUGCGAUUGGAGCACUCUUGUACAUAAAAUUAACGGCAUUGGUCGCUUUUGAGCUUUAAUUCAAACUAUGGAGGGUGUUUCUGAGGACAAGUAGCAGCGUUUCCUUGAAUUUCACAUACCUCGCAGUUGGAUGUUGAUGAAGAAGGAAAAGAGAGUAAAUAAUUGUCACUCGAAAGUUUGAACAAUUUUUUGAACAACUUGUUAAAUUACUAAUAAGAACAAGGAGGAAAUCAAAUAAAAGUACCCACGCGCAUGCAGAGAACAAGAAAUUAAGUCUUCAAACUGCCGCAAUUUCAAACGUUUUGAAAAAAAUCUAGUGCGUAUUUGCAAUGGAAAAUACGAUUGAUUCCAAUGUACAGAUAAACUAUAAAGAUCAUCUCCUCAAUCUAAGAACAACAAUAUUCACGGUGAUGUGGAAAUGUACUCACCAAGUGCAUUUCUUUGUUAGGGAAGAAAAAAUAAGCGACGUGCUCAAGGGCUACAUCUCAACACGGCGAUUGUCGCUUGCCAAUUUCCAAAGUCUUGUGUGGUAUACGGUCACCCUUGUCCAUAAGGAAAUAUGCAUGUGUCGCUGGUGUCUCAAAAACUGAGCUAGCGACCGCAGACUUUCAACCUAAAUUUUAAGAAAUGCAGUGAAAGUAUUCUGCCCAAGAAUCAAACAAAACUUUAUAAGGUUGAGAGCAUGAUAUUGGACAAGGGAUGAUGGAAACCCAUGAGAUAUUUGCAAAUUGGCCAGAUUGAAAAAAAGAAUGCAGAAAUACAUUCCCAGUUUCAUGGUUCCUAUUAAAUAGUUAACUUAAGGUUCCUCUAUAAAACAUGCUUUUUUCUAUUGCGUGAAAUAUAAUAUAAAUCAAUACGUGAAAUAUAAUUAAGUAAUAAUGUGUACUUUCAUAGUUGUGGCGUUCUGCGAACCAUAUUAAUCUCACGUUACUCUCUCUAUUAAUUCGGACGUUAAUGAUUUCUCACCACCACAAUUCAUGAGCCAUAUGAUAAAUAUAUCUCCAUCUGAGCAUGUUAAGUAAAUACCUCGCAAAAACUAUCAUUUCAAUUAAUUUUACUCUUACAUGCUGUAGCCAAAAAUCCUUGGCUGUAAUCCAUUGGAACGUAAUCAAUUCAACUUUCUUUUAAAAGCACAUGAAAAAUAUAUUUCGAACUUAAUCAUCACUUAUCCCGAGUUAACUAGUGAAAUUCAUCCCCGUAUAAAAUCAGUUGACGAACAAAAUCACCUUGAAUUUAAAUUGCAGAACGCCAUUUUCUCUGAGUACUGCAGUGUAACAUUUUUUGACAUUGUGGUGUGUCGCUAACUUUCUUGUCGUACAUAUUUAUAUGAAAUAUAUAUAUAAAACAGUUUUUACAUUUUGAAACCAUUUUUGUUGAAGAAUGAUUUCCUUCUGCCUUGGUUCACGAGUGAUGGGGAAAGUCGAGGUGUGGAGGCUCCUUCUAUUUUCUCCAGCUGCUCAUUCUUGACGUUUUGAGACAGACUAAAGCUUUUGAGACCAAUUUUUCCAACCUAAUUUCUCAUUCUGUAUCCCGUUCUGACAACCAAUAAAUGAUCUCAAUACUCAACCACGUAAGAUAACUUUCUUUCACUCAUUUUGGAAAUGUCAGGUUUCCGUUGUGACGACUGACGACACACGACAGACGCGAAAAAAACUACGUUGACUGUGAAGAAACAAUCCUCCUAAGCCUCGUUGAAAAGUUCCUAUUGCAAGCCUGAAUAAUCAGGCCUACAAUCGUAUACACACAUGCAUAUUUAUUGAGGAUAUACAUAAUCUAUGAAUUAAUUGAUUAAAUCAAUGGUAGUUACUGUAAUUUUCAUAGUCCUGUAAUGAAAAGUAGUGGGUAGACUUAUACACAAGUAAGUAGACUGCGUACCAUGAAUUAUCUUCGUAAACGUCAAGUAUCGUGUCCAAAUUUUCAUCAGUUUACUAUUCAAUACUUAUAUACAACCUUUUCAAUAACUCGAUCCUUCGGGAUAAAGCAAUCAUCCAGCUUUACUUGAGCAACGCCACACUGACCAUUUACUAGUCUCAACUUCCCACACAAAUUCACACGUUUGCUAGCAUUUCGUACCUUUCGUUCACUUUGUUCUCGUUACCAAAGUUAUGUAACCUUCAUCCUAUGAAGAUGAAUUGAUGAAAGACUCGUAAUAAAUCGACAAGUUGAAUAAUGAAUAAUAUGCAACUCCAUUUAAGAAUGACAAAUAAAAUCACACGAUCGAGUGAGUCAUGUUGACUUUUACUGAUAAAAUAGUUAUAGAAUUUAUGUUAUACUGUUAAUUGUUACAUUUAUUGUAAUUUGUACGAGUAGAACGAUUGUAUUUAUAUUUUACUCUAUAGUUUACUUGCAGCGUGCGUUGUAAUAUCGGUAUUGAAUAUAAUGGAAACUGGCGAAUCCCAAUAAAUCUAUUAAUUUGUCGUGGAAAAUA